AUGGUUUUGAAAUUUGCGCCAAAAGUGCCGAAUUCUGGUUUGUCGACGGCGACUUCGACGCGGCGAAGACCGGUCGCGGCAGUUGAUGCGCCUGCAGUGUCACAGCAGCAGGACGACGAGGAGCACGACGCGAGCCGGGCGACCGCAGCCCCGCCAGCAACAGAGGUCGAGGCCGAGCGCGCGAAUGCACCACGCGACGACGCCGACAACCACCGCCACAACCACGACGACGCUGCCCCGACUCCUGAUGAUGCUGCUGCUGCUGCUGCUACUGCUUCUGCUGCUGCUUCUGUUGGCACUCAGGAAGCAUCGUCAUUGUCAUCGUCAUUGCCAUCGCAGCUGCCGUCCGCGGCGUCGUCCAUCGCUUCGAAUACUGCCGUACCGUCGUCGUCCCCUUCUGCGCUGCUCUCGUCGGCGGCGGCUGCCAUUGUCGGACUGACAGCGACGGCAACCGCUCCUGCUGCAAACAAGCUCCGGUUUGCACCGCGCAUCCCGCCAGCGGGUGGAGCUGCUCGGAGACCGGCCGCCGCCGUUGCCAUCGCCAUCUCCACUCCAGCCAACUUCAAUGAGGACGACGCGGCCACCCAGGGCGCUUCCCAGGACACUGGAGCACCGUCGAGCGAUGCACACAGUGGAACAGAUGCUGCUGGGACUUCUGCUAGUGGGGGAUUGAGCACUCGUCCCGCUGCUUCAACCUCGGCCUCAAGCGGUCGCCCGAUUGCCUCACUCAUCACCAUACCCUCGUCAUCAGCAGCAGCAUCAUCAUCAUCGUUGUCGUCGAGUGCGCUGCCAUCGUCUGCAUCGUCCUCGUCCUCGUCCCGGAAUGCGGCAACUGCCAUUUCUGCUCCAGGCUCUGGCGCUUCGUUAAUCUCCAUGCCCGAGUCAAUCGAGCCCGCCUAUAUCAGUCAUCAUGGUGCUAGUAGUAUUAGCAGCAGUAGUGGUACUAGUAGUACAGGCGCCAGUCAUAGUCAGAUGGACGCCAGCAGUCAGUGGUCGCUGCAGCGAUGGUCGGAAUCUUCAACAGCUCACCAUUUAACAACGAGCGCUUCGAUCGCCGAUGGCAACGACCCUUCGUCCAUGCUCGUGCCGGCGACAGCCGUCAAAAAGUCAAAAAAGCGCAUUACAGGUGUCAGCGAUACGCGCAAGCGCCGUGCCGCUGCCUCUGCCGAGGCUCGCAAACGCACCAAGCUCGAUUCUUCCAGUCAAGCUGGCGAUGACGACAAUGCAACGCGGAGUAACGAUGUGAGCGGAGGGAGCGAGGACGAGGACAGUGACGACGAAGCAGACGGCAGCAGUAACAACAACAGCAUGCUUGGUGCCAGUGCCACUGAAGAGUCUGCUGCUGGUGGCAUCAGGGAUCACGCCGUCCCCGUGCCCAGUCUCGUCGCAAGCCGCUCGCUGGCCGUCCCAAUUGCCUACGGGAGCAGCGAGGCCCCUCCUCUGGCUACAAGCACCAAUGUGAUUGCGCCUCAGCUCACCAUUGACGCUGAGGGCAACAUUGUGAUGGCCAAGGACAGUUUGGUGGUCACAACGACCACAAUUGCGCCAGAGGCCAAGGUUGUUGGCGAAGCCAUCAAAGAGACAGGCGUCAUGUCGACCUAUGCAUCCUACCUCAAGCGCUCCAAAGCGGAACGCUGGACGCCGCAGGAGACGGCACGCUUUUUCGAGGUACUGAGCAUGGUUGGCACCGACUUUUCGCUGGUCAACCAGUUCUUCCCGGACCGCGACCGCCGCCAAAUCCGCAACAAGUACAAGCGAGAAGAACGAGAAAACCGGGCGCGGGUCGACUAUGCCCUGCGCAACCGCAAACCGCUCACAAUGGCCAUCGACGUGCACGGCACCGGUGAGCCAGACUUGCUGCCCGUCCUACCGCGAUCUGCCGCAUCGAGUCCCUCCAAAACGUCAGAUCUUCUUGCUGCAGCCGCUGCUGCAGCGGCCAGUGCUGCCUCCAGCCCUGACGUCAAGACACCACGGCGGCUCGCCAAAGUCCACAUGAACGGUUUGCCCGACAUUGAAGCCGGCGAGGACGAGCGCCUGUUCCUGGAGCAGCUCUUCCACCGCAUGGAGGAGGAUGCUGCCGCCCCGGGCUCUGUCGCGUCGAGUGCUGCUGCUGCUGCUGCUGCUGCACCGGGAUUGCAUGCUGCACUGCCUGGGCCGCCUACUACUACUACCACUGCUGCCACGUCGGGUAAAUCCGCAAAAGCUGGAUCUUCGCGGCAACGUCCGUCUUCCGAGUCGCUCGGCUUUGGCUCUGGACGUCCGACGACCAUUGGCCUACCGCUGGGUAGUGGUGAAGAUGCAUCUGGCUUUUUGUCAAGAUCGACGAACGACGGUGGUGGCAACGACGACGACGAUGGCGACGACAACGAGCUCGUCCACACUGGAUAUGCCCAAGACAACCGCGACGACUAUGAUGAGGCUGACGAGUAUUAAGCAUUGCUUUUGGUGCUCGUCUUGUGAUGUCAGCAGCAGCGACGUGAGCUGAGCUGAGCUGUUUUGUUAAUGACCCAUUCAUUCUCUGC